GAAAGAACCAAGAAUAUGAAUCCCUGCAGUCACGAAAGCUUUAAAUCAAAAUUUUACGAAGUUGUUAAUAAAACCGUUGUUUAAAAAAAGUUUUUAAAGGAGUUUAUUAAGUCACGGCGCCAUAACGCUCUUAAGGAACGUUAAAUUCUGAACUUUAACGAAGCUUCAAACUCAAUAAAAAUAAGAUCCAAUAACGGACUGUGCUGUUAGAUUUUUUUUGUGCCACACCUUUAAUUUUAGUCUAGGACCUCUUGUGCGUGUGUAGUGAUGUAACGUGUACCUUUGCAAUAUUAUUCUUGCGUACGCGGCGAGCAAUAUGUUCAGGCGCGAAAUGCCAAUGUUUUGUAAUAAGCGCACGGCAGUUCUUGCUAAAAGUCGUGUGUUUACAUUCAUUCAUAAGAAUGUAAAAUGUGCCUUUGGCUCUCGUGAGCUUCUGCAGUGCAUUCUGAUAUCUCCACACAAAGACUAUUUUUUGCUUCAUCAGCCUAUUUAUUUCCCUACCAGGCCAAUGUUUUCAAGAAAUAUCGAAUUAAGCAAGCGAACUGAACUGGUCUUCGACCUUAUGGGUCUCAUGAGUAGAGUCAAGCUGCCUCAGCACAUCUCAUAUUUGAGCUCCAAUCUUAAGUAAUUUGAAAUUAUCUUCUGAUGGGCAUGAAACCCUUGAACACGAUUCAGAGUUUGCUAGUCUUGAAUAACUGCUGCUGAAAUUCUGCACACCCAGAAUGCCGUGCGGCUCACGGAUUGUGUCAGAAAUACUUUGAUUUUGUAUGUGGAGAGACAUAUACGAAGGACUGAUUGCAUUCCUUUCACCUCAUCCCACAUACAAUCAUACUAGGGUACCUUAGUGCGUCUUUUUUAGGUGACACCAUCACUGGAUCCAGUUUGACAUGUCCAGGAUAGAAGCUCAUUGAGCUGAAGCUUACUUUAUGGCAGAUCAUUAAUGCUUACAUAGGAUGCAUUUCAUUGUUGAAUAAUUAUCUCUGGAACGUAUGAUAAUAGAUUUUGAAGAAUUUAUUACGUUAUCUGAUGUGAUGUCAAAGCGAACAAAGUACACAGCAGAGAGAAAGCUGUGAUGUCACAGAGCCGAGAGCAAACUGAUGGUAUCUUUUGAUCUAUACCUGGCUAAUACAUGUCAACUUACUUUCUGAAAUUUCCUAACGUCUGAAACGUAUUAAUGGGCGGCAGGGUGACACGGUGGUAACACUUGCACCUAUACUCUUUGGUUCUAUUCGGUAAAGUCACGUAGGUAAAAAAUAAAACAACAAAAAUCACGACGUUUCGGCCACAACACAAGCGGCCGUCAUCAGGUGAAGGGAUCAGGCUGUCUCGAGGACAGCGCUGGAGUGAAACACAGCCACGCUCAGACCGUGGCUUUGCACCUCACGGCAAGAAGGGGGCCUAGUUUCGAUUCAUGACUCAGGGACCUAUCUGCGUCAAGUUUGCUCUCUCACUGCUCUGGAUAGGUUUUCUCUGACUAAAAAAAAUCUUGUAAUAUACAUUUUGGUUUAAAUUAGCACAAAUUAUUCAGGUUUUCGACCACCUUGUGUCCCAAAUGGACAGCUGCCAAUCAGAGAAUCUGUGUUUGGCAUUUGCACUUAAGGCGUUACGUGGUAGAGCACAGCAUAAAUACAGUACAAGUUAAUUCAUAAACAUAUCACGGCAUAUUUAUACAUUCUUGGUGAAAUAAAAUAUAUUUUGUAAUGUUAAAGUGAUCUGUUUUUUUAAUGAGUUUUGAUUGCAGAUAUUCUACACCAAAAAAAAAUGUUCACCAAUAAAAGAGCAUGGUUUUCAAGCAGCGUGGACAAACAGCUUGUGAACAUGUGGGUUGCCAAGGGAGGCAAAUUGUGCUCAAUGCUCUCUGCAGACUUCCUGUUCAGCGAUGAUGCCACCAGCACUGACACUCAAACAAUCUACGACUCCUGGAUGUAUUUAGUGCAUGAUGUUACAGUAUUUCAUUCAAGCUAUGUUGCUGCAUGCUUGGAUUCAAAAACAUUCAAGAAUAUAUCAAUUGGUCAUUAUGUCCUGCCUCCAGCAAAGCUGCAUGACGAAAUAAGAAAGAAGGUUGGAGCAUUUAUAUGGGAAGUGAAUUCACUGCCGCAUACUAAGAAGGAAAUGUCAAUGAAAGGAAAACGAGAAAAAAAUGGAUUCACGACUGAAAAACAUCUGAAUGAUUCAGGAGUUGAUGUGACAGAAGAUUUAAGAGAAAUAAAUAAUUCAGCGCAGCACCUGAACACCAAGGGAAACUGCUGUCAACUAAAGCAGCAUAAUUACCAACUUAACAAUCUCAUUGGUAACUUCACUCAUGCCAGUGACAUGAAGCAAUACAAAGGAUGCCUGCGUGACUUCAUGUGUGGAGCUACCAGCUAUGCAGUGAAGCGAAUGUGAUUAAACAAAUUCUUGAAAGUUAAUAAAGAUAUAACCGCAGGAAAAUAGCACCAAAAUUAAUUAAAACUACCCAGGGGUGAUGUACCGAUGCAGAAAUUGUAAUUUAAAAGCAGGCAUGUUAAAAAGUCUGUAUGUUAGUUACGUCCCAUACUGGAAUUUAUAGAUAGAAGUUUAAUUGACAUGACUAUACGCAAGGAAUUACAGAAUAUAUGAUUUUUUUGUCGAUAUUGUUGAAGCUAUAUUUUUUACUAUAAAACAAAAGAUUUAUGCUAAAUUUAUUUCAUAACAUUCAUCACAGAAUUCAACAUUAGUUUUUCAAUUGGAAUUUGUGAAGAGCCGUGUUAUCAUUUGUUUUUAAAUAUCACCCACUUUACACCAGGCCAUCUCAGAGUGCUUUACAUGCGAUAUGCGACUUGCAUCACACCUCAAACAUUUAAAAGGGUACAGUUUGACACAGCACCUGGGCUGCAAGCAGGCAUUUGUCUGCCUGUAAGGGACAGUGAUUUGCUAUGUGUAAUUACAAUUGGGUAUUGUGCGGGUAACUUUUCGAGUUUGGCAAAUUUGGACCAUGACGCAAGCACACGAUGACAGCAGGGGAUGUUUUAACAUCCACUCUGAAGCUAAUGGCGUAUAUUUUGACGGUUAAUCCACUGAUUAAUAACCAGGGCGGCCUGAAGGAAUCGAGCCACGAACCUCUGCAGUAUGUGGCAUAUGCCCUAUCGAUGGACGAAGUCAUUGCCCCUCGUUUAAAGGUGCAAAAAACAGUACAUGUGUUUUUUGCACUUCAUUAAACAUGUAGACAAAUGUAAAAUUGUCGUUAAAUGCUGUCAUUAAAUGCUGUCAUUUGUUAUACCAGAGUUGCAUCAGUAAAUAUGGGAAAGGAAUGUUUGCUAUUGGAGUUAGUGAAUAUACAUCUGCAUUGCAUUAUUUGGAGCAUUACCUAAACAUACCUGAGGCUUAAUUUAAAAGGGUAUAUCAUUGUCAUAGACUAAAUCCUAAAAAAACGGCCUUUUACUAGCUUGUAAAACUAAUGGUUUAAUCGACUGACUGUCCAAACUUGAUCUUGCAUUAUUGGUCUGUCUCCCUAGCAAUACAUGUUUGUUAAAUACCGCAUGUUGGUUACUCAAUUCAUGGACACCAGGAUAGAUUGAAUCUACUUUAUAAUCUGAAUUACUGUUUGCUGUUACCCUGUUAAUAUGCUGUUGGUAUUUUACAAAUGUAAACGUGAAUUAAAGGUUUUUAAUUGUUGGCAAA